GAGCAGAGGGGUUUGGGGGGAGGGGGGACGAUUCCGGAUCUGUACUCCGGACUGUCACCCUUUGAAGAAAAUACGGCCCGGUUUACGGAAUCGAGGUCAGGGGAAGAGAAUGCUGGAUUUCGUGAUCCCACUGAGUGCCAGCGGUAGGCUGGAGAACCUCAUCCCUCACAUAGAGAGGCUCUUCAGGGUGAAGAUCAGCGCUGGGCCUGCGGCAGAAAGCAGCAGAUGGGUCCAUAUAGAGCAGGCAGCAGAGACACAGGAGGGGCUCAGGAAAGCAAAGGAUUAUAUACUAUCACUGUGCUCCCCAGAACAUAAGAAGUGUGAGAACAUAACAUCAACAUUACGGAAACAGUUAAUUGAGCUGAAAGAUACCAUUGAAUAUGAAAGUCAAGCUGUACUGGAAAUAAAAGAAAAAAGUGUAGAGAUAACAGGAGGACAAAUUAACGUAAUGACUGCCUGGUCAAUGUUUGAGAAGUUGAAUAUGGAGAACAACUCCUCCAAAGAAGCCAAGAGUCUUCAUCUGGAGAUUGGUGACUGCAGUGCUGAUUCUGAGGACUGGACAAGCUCAGAAAGUGAUUCAGAACAACCUCCAAAUAAGAAGGAAGGGACUCCGAUUGUGAGCAAACCACACCGGCAGCUCUGUCGCUCUCCUUGCCUUGAACGGCCAGUUCUAUCCAAAUGCAGUGUCCUACAGGAAUUUCAGAGUGAAGACAGGAAAUCCAAAUUUGAUGAUGAUGACGACGACAAGGCUGCCAGUUUAGAUAAGGAAUACCAGGCCAAAAUGGAGUUUGCCUUAAAACUAGGAUAUUCAGGAGAACAGAUACAAACAGUUCUCAAUAAACUGGGAUCAGAUGCUCUUAUUAAUGACAUUUUAGCUGAGCUGGUCAGACUUGGGAACAAAAGCGAAUCUGAGCCACAGCCUCCCAGUGUAGGUAACACAGGUACCCUAGUGUCCAGGGGCCAGUGUAUGAAAGAGGUCACAAGCCCAGAGCUGUCCUUAGAAGAUGAAGUUGUGGAUGAUUCUGACAAUUUGAGACCUAUAGUCAUCGAUGGAAGUAACGUGGCCAUGAGUCAUGGUAACAAGGAAGUGUUCUCUUGUCGUGGGAUUCAGUUAGCUGCAGAAUAUUUCCUGGAAAAAGGACACAAAGAUAUCACAGUGUUUGUUCCUGCUUGGCGGAAAGAACAGUCCAGGCCGGAUGCACCCAUUAAAGAUCAAGAACUACUACGAAAACUUGAGAAAGAGAAAAUUCUGGUCUUCACACCAUCCCGACGAGUGCAGGGGAGGAGAGUGGUGUGCUAUGAUGAUCGAUUCAUAGUGAAAUUGGCCUUUGACUCUGAUGGCAUUAUUGUGUCAAAUGACAACUAUAGAGAUCUACAGAAUGAGAAACCAGAGUGGAAGAAAUUUAUAGAAGAACGUCUUCUAAUGUAUUCCUUCGUGAAUGACAAGUUCAUGCCACCCGAUGAUCCUUUAGGACGUCAUGGUCCCAGUCUGGAUAACUUCCUGCGAAAGCGUCCCGUUAUUCCAGAGCACAAGAAACAGCCUUGUCCUUAUGGGAAAAAGUGCACUUAUGGACACAAGUGUAAAUACUAUCAUCCAGAGCGUGUGAACCAGCCACAGAGAUCAGUUGCUGAUGAGCUUCGUGCCAGUGCUAAGUUGUCUGCUGUGAAAACUAUGAGUGAAGGAGCCCUGGCAAAAUGUGGCAUUGCCAUAUCGGGUGUGAAAGGAGAAAACAUUUCUGAGAUUAAGCGUGUCGCUCCAAAGCGCCAAUCUGACCCCAGCAUACGAUCUGUAGUUUGUGAGCCAGAGGAACGAUUGACACCAUCUCGCAGACUUGAGACUAACUCUGUGCCUUCUUUGGUUACUGCAUCGAGUGUACCUACAUUUCAACAGAAUAAAAAUCAUGCAGCCAGUGCCAUGAGUACCCGAUCUGCAAGCAGUCCAGUGCCAUGUUCCAAACAGUUCACUCACCAGAAAUCCUCACAAGAGCAUUUAUCCACUUUAAAUUAUCCACCUAUUCUUGUAACCAACAGCCAUGGAAACUCUGUGAGUUAUACAGAACAGUAUCCAAAAUAUGAUUCAACUUUGGACACUGGCUACUACUCUAUGAUAAAUGACUUCUCAAAUUUAAGUAUCAGCAGUAUGCGGAAUCACGAUGGCUAUUAUGGAUUGGAAUCGGAUCAUGGUUUGUAUCCAAGAAACACUAGUCCUCACACAGAAACCUGCAUUACAAGUAAUGAUUCCUAUUCUUCAUACAGUGACCUGGCGUACCUAGGCACUGUGGAACCAGGUCCAGAAGAUAAUGUGAAAACCCAUCAGCCACAGUCACAGAAUAGGCUGCAACCUUUCGUUCAUGGCUACCACGAACCUAUAACAAGAGUGCAGAGUUAUGGCUCAGAGGAGUCAAAACAGCCCCAGCGUAAACAGUCUAUCUCCCAUUUAGUUCCUCAUAUCCAGCAUUCUGCUGCUGGAGCUCGUUCCAGCUGUCCUGGGGACUAUCCUGUUCCUCAAAACAUUCAUCCAUCUGCUAAUAAUCAGCCAGGACGGGCUCUGGUAAUGACUAGGCUGGACAGCAUUUCUGAUUCACGACUGUAUGAAAGUAAUCCAAUGAGACAACGAAGACCUCCACUCUGCAGAGAGCAGCAUACUAGCUGGGAUCACCUACCAUGUGUCACAGAUUCCUAUAGAUACCCUUCAUACCCUUUGACUAAUAAUCUCAUGCAACCCAGUUAUGAACCUGGUAUGUUUAGAAGUAUGCCGGAAAAGAUAGAGCAGAUCUGGAGGUCCCCCUGGCAGGGAAUGCCCAAUGAGCAACAGGACCAUCUGGCAAUCCGGGAACAUCAGUAUCAAACGUAUCGAAACCUCUGUAACAUCUUCCCAGCAGACAUAGUUCAUGCAGUAAUGGAAAAGAAUCCCCAUGUAACUGACCCCCAGCAUCUUGCUGCUGAGAUUGUUGCUAAACAACUACGUUCUGGGCGGUAAAACACAAAUGGUAUGGAAGAUUUAUGACCAAUUAUGUAUUGUUAGGACAAACAAAAUAAAGUCUGUUUAGUGCACAACAUUUGUGAAAGUCAGGUUGUCUAACACAAUGGAUUUAAGAA